UAUUUGGAGUUUGAAGCCACGCCUGCAUCAUUUUAGUUCCGCUCUUACCCAAUCGUUUUCUCUUCUCUCUUCAAUGUGUCUCCGCAAAUAAUUUGCCAACCCCAAAUAGUAAAAUAGCUUAGCAAAUCAGAAGUCCUGUAUUUUUCACAGCUAUUCUUUAGUAUCUAGGAUUUCGGUCAAUUGCUGAAUUUCUAAUGGAUAUUGAUGAGAUUUUUGGGGAAUCACGGCCGGUGAGUCUUCCGACCAAGAGUGCUGUAUAUGUUUGGGGCUAUAAUCAAUCGGGUCAAACAGGUCGAAAGGGCAGAGAGAGGAACAUGAGGAUCCCAAGACAGCUACCGCCGGAUCUCUUUGGAUGCCCGGCUGGAGGGAAUUCCAGGUGGUUGGAUAUAGCAUGUGGACGAGAGCACACAGCUGCAGUAGCCUCCGAUGGAUCACUUUUCACCUGGGGGGCCAAUGAUUUUGGUCAGUUGGGGGAUGGAACUGAAACAGGUAGGAAACACCCUAAGAAAGUAAGGCAACUGCAAUCUGAAUUUGUGGUAUCAGUGUCUUGUGGUGCACAUUGCACUGCAGCCAUUGCAGAACCACGGCAAAAUGAUGGAACCAUGUCAGUGAGAAGACUUUGGGUUUGGGGACAGAACCAGGGUUCUAAUUAUCCACGGCUAUAUUGGGGAGAUUUUGCUCCAAAUACGAUUAUUCGCCAAGUUUCUUGUGGAGCUGUUCAUGUUGUUGCUUUAUCGGAAGAGGGCCUGCUACAAGCAUGGGGCUAUAAUGAAUAUGGUCAGCUUGGGAGAGGUGUUACCUGUGAAGGCCUUCAGGGGGCUCGUGUAAUUAAUGGGUAUGCUAAGUUCCUUGACGAAGCCCCUGAACUUGUGAAGAUUGUCCAAGUGUCAUGCGGGGAGUACCACACAGCUGCUAUAUCGGAGGAUGGAGAGGUCUAUACUUGGGGACUGGGAAGUAUGGGCCAGCUUGGGCAUUGUUCCCUUCAAUCUGGUGACAAGGAAUUAUUACCUAGGCGUGUUGUUGCUCUUGAUGGAAUAUUUAUCAAAGAUAUUGCCUGCGGGGGUGUGCACACAUGUGCCUUGACUGCUAAUAGGGCUCUAUAUGCUUGGGGUGGAGGUCAAGCUGGGCAAUUGGGCCUCGGGCCCCAAACUGAAUUUUUUUCUUGCGUGCCCAAUGAAUCUGAAGUAAUGCUGCGCAAUUUGCCUGUUUUGGUGAUUCCAACUGGUGUGCAACUUGUUGCCUGUGGAUAUUCGCACACUCUUGUUUCUACUAGAGAUGGAAGAAUUCAUGGAUGGGGUUACAAUAGCUAUGGUCAGGCAGCUAAUGAGAAAUCUACAUAUGCUUGGUUUCCGUCUCCUGUAGAUUGGUGUGUAGGUGAAGUGCGGAAGUUGGCAGCUGGUGGUGGCCAUUCUGCAGUAUUGACAGAUGCUUGUUCCCUGAAGGAGCUGUGCGAGUUUAGGCUUUCAGACUGCGUGACUCUGUCAAAUGCUUCCAAGAUUGAGGAUGUUGCUUCAAGAACUGGAUCAGAUGCCUUAGCUCGACUUUGUGAAAGAUUACGGGCACAUCGGUACGAUGAUGGUGAAUGCAACUAUGAUAACGAUGAAUUUGGUGGAUGAAUGUACCAAAUGAUGUAAAGACGUGCAACUUUUACUGGUCUUUCGAAGGGAUGUGAAGAAACAAACAAUGGGAAGAUGAUUUCCAUUUGUGAUCACAAUUGUUGUAACAGGCUAACAGCAUGUAGAUUCAGGAAAGGACCGCGUACUUUUUUAACCUAACUAACUUAUUGCUCCUAGAUUCUGAUAGGAGAAAUGCCAGUCAGGACAUUGACAUUUAGGCAAAGGGAAAGGAAGCAUUCACAAUAAUAGGCUGUGCCUGCCAUCUCAAUCUUA